AUGACACUUUGGGAACCUGAUGUUGCAAAUGAAGGCAGUUUUGUAGAAGAUGAGAGUAGUUCUAGAGGUUGUUUUGAAGGUGGUAUCGGAGAUUUCUUUGAAAAUUAUUCGGUAAAUAAUGAAGAGGAUAAUGCAUAUCAGUGUGAGAAGGAAACAAAAGUGGAUAGUGAAAAUGAUAACUUUAUAUUGGGUAGGAAGCAACAGGUAAAUGUGAACCAUGUAAAUAAUGAUGUUGAUGUUGAUAAAAACUAUCUAGGAUGUGAAAAAGGAGUGGAUUUUAAAGUUGAUCAAAACAUUCAUGUUGAACAAGAGACUCAAGUUCAUCAAGAGCUAUCUGGUGAAGAUGCUAAAUAUAUUUCACAGGAACAUGAUCAAACUGAGAGUAAUUCUCUCAUAAAUGAUUCCAACCUAUCUAAACCUUCGGGUUUUGGAGGUAAAAGGUUUCAAGAAAGUCGUGGAGCUUUCUAG